AUGGAAGAUUUGCUUGAAGGGGAAAUCUUUCUUCAAAACCUGCCAAGCAUUAUCACUGCACACGCCUUAGAUCCUCAAGAGGGAGAGAGAGUAUUGGAUAUGUGUGCAGCUCCAGGGGGAAAAACUACUGCGAUUGCAAUCCUUAUGAAGGACAAUGGAGAGGUUGUUGCAGUUGAUAGAUCUCACAACAAGGUAAAUAAGUCUCGUGGUAGGGCUGCAAGCCUGCAAUCAAAACACGCGAAGCGAUUAUUAUGGUGCUUGAGCUCAUCUCAAAGUAGUGUUUACAUCGAACAGUACUGCUAUAGUACUCCAUGA